CAGUUCCUCAAGUGCUGCCUCAAACUUUUGGCCAUAUUUUGCCUCUAAUUCCUUCUCUUCCUAUUCCGUCUUAUUUUCUGAUUCUUCCAUUGAGCACCGCCACCGACGGCAAUGCGUAAAUUUGCAGCCGAUUUUAUUUGAGAUCAGUGCAUGCAAUAACUGUAUGGAUUUUCUCAAAAAAGCCAAGGUGGUACGAUUUCGAAGCCACCAAAACAAAUACCUAUUAGCCGAUGACGAUCAAGUGUCGGUGUGGCAGAACCGCGAGGGAACGUUGCAGAACGCGCGGUGGACGGUGGAGUUAAUUAGCGAUAAUCCAAAUGCAUUGCGAUUGAAGAGCUGUUUCGGGAAAUACUUAACGGCGUUAAGCACGCCGUUCAUUCUAGGGAUCAAAUGCAACAAGGUCCUGCAAACCACGCCAAAGACGUUGGAUCCGAUAGUGGAAUGGGAGCCGGUAAGAGACGGGUUCAAGUGGAAGAUGAAGACGGCGAACGGGCAAUUCUUGCGUGCAAGCGGGUGUAACGUGCCGCCUUGGAAAGACACGAUCACGCACGACAAUCCGUGUAGAGGUGUGAUGAGAGAUUGGGUUCUGUGGGAUGUGGAAGUUGUGGAGAUUCGUGAACAACAAGAACAAGAACAAAGGAACGUUGAUAAUGUUAAUGAUAGUGCUAGUUGUUAUAGUACUACUGCAACACAAGAUCCAACAGAACCGGAUCCACCGUCUGUUUCGCGGUCGGAAUCUUCACAAACACAGCCAGACUCUCCAGCCGGCGUUGAUCUUUCUUCACCCAAAGAUCAUAUAUCGGAUUCGGAUAAAAAAAAUACAUAACAUGACGUUGGAGUUUGGGGUUAUUAAUUAGGAAAUAUGAUAUGUAUGCAAGAAAAUUAGGGUUGUACUUGUAUGAUUUGUAUGAAUGAUCAGAUGAUCUUCUAUCUACAAAAUAGACUAAGUUAUAUAUUUACACACACGCAACACAUAGAAGACUUCUCUCUCUCUCUCUCUCGCCUAACCCUAGAGCAAAAUACACAGAACUAUUCCCAAGCCGUCGGCCCUGCCUUUGGCUUGGGGUCGGUGGCAAGUUGUCAACCCACCUUUUUCCCUCCCCAUCCCCUCGUCGUUCCCUUUACUUGUGAGCUUUUGUGUUAUAAGGUUCCUUUCUGAGCUUUUGUCUCAGCGUUUUCCCUGAUCUCCGUCUCAGAUCUCCCCUUCCUCCACUCGCUUUUGCCUUAGAUUUCAAAAUCCUUAACUCUGAAGUUCGUUUCUUUCCGGCCCAUGCACCAUGAUUCUCAUCAAGCAUCACUCCAAUGUCCACCCUUCCCACUUGGCUUAGUUUCUCCAUCCUCACUCGUUAAAGUCCUCUCCUCUCCCUCGGUCCAACAUCAACCCAUGUCUGCAACUACUCAUCUUAAACGCGAGUUGACGCGUAUUUCUCGGUAAGUGUGUAGAGUUUCAGCUCGGAUGUUGC